AUGGAAAAUCCAUUUUCACAAAUUCCAAAUGCUGAAAUGCCUCCUAAGUCUCCAAGUGCUUCUGAUGCGCUUCAUAAAACUAGCAGCAUCGUAGAACAAAUAUUUUUGGUUAGUUCUAAAGAUGUCCCUAGUAACCGAACAUCGGUAAUAUUCUCGGGUGAUGUAGUUACGCCUGAGGGCUAUUUCACGCUCGAUUGUCUUGAGCAUCUCCUCUUUGAACGAUCUCAAAUGAGAGAGUUUCCUCCUGAUCGAAUUUGCCCCAAAGCCUCACCUCUCUCAGAUCCUGCCUUUCAGCUUGAUCCCAUGGUUUAUCUUUUUGAAAGUUUCCGCCGCUCGUUUGACUUUGCAAACUCUAAGUGCCAAACUACCAUUGAAAUUGCCAAAAGCUGUCAAGUUCAAAUUUUUAAACAAGCGUCUCUCUGUCUCUUCUUGGACACUGAAUUGGAAUUGGAAAAUUGUGCCCUGAGUCUCCUAAACACUGUGCUCAAUUGUACUCACAUACAUUCUGAUGCUGACAACGCUGUCGCCAUUGACAACUUACUCGCCGGAAUUUUGUCCGUAAGUGAUUCUGAUGGCGCGGUCACCUCUCUUCGUCCAUUGAUGAAGGGUCUGCUGGCAAAACUGAAGGAAAUAGAAGCGGAUAGUUACCUUCCUGCGCCCAGCACGGAUCCUCUCCAGAAUAUCCUUAGUCGGCUCUCCGCACAAAAUAAACCACCCGGGCCAACUAAAAACGCUCGACUACUUUUCCAAAUUGACCGAGAUGGAAUUACUAAUGCCUGCAUUCUACUAUCCAAAUAUCCUGCUACUGCUAAGUUGCUUCUGGAGUUCUCCUUCCCUGAGGAGGGAUCGCAGCGUGAAGUGGGCUGGCGCUAUGAGGAUGGCGUGUUGGGUCGUUUGUUAAUUCCAAGUCCCCUUUUGCCUCUACUCUCCUACCAAGUUUCCUAUAUGGAAUCUAACAGCGGAGGUCGUUCUUGGAUGGGAGAAUUCUUCACAGAUCAAACACCUAUUAAAGCCUCUGUAGAUGCAGAUAAGAACACUAUUUGGAGGCUGACUGGAGAAAUGGACUCCAAACUGACGGUUCUUUUCAAGAAUCUUCUUCGAGUUGGAAAGCAGGAUGAUUCUAUCAAGUCCAGUCUUUUUGAAUGGUUUGGGGCUUGUCUUCACGCCAAUCGAAAGCGCAAACAACUGGCCAAUACGAUGGGCAGUGCUGAUCCCAACAACGAAGAUAUGAGACAUCUCGCAAGCGACGGAUUCCUCAAUAAUUUGGCUGCUUUGGCAGUGAAUCUGUGUGGUCCCCUCCUUAGUCAUCAAGCCGCUUUACCCGGUGCACUCAAACAACCCAAAUCCCCCCUGUCUAUGGUCCAUCCCGAAUUCGUGGUUUCUGCUAAGGCACACAAGAUUUUACCUGACUUGGUUGAGGAGACAAGACUGAAUCGCCAACACAAGGAGCUUAAAGAGGAGGCAGGAAAGGCUGAAACCUUCCCCCUUCUAACCGAUCUCUUCUUCGUUGCGCAUACAGCUCUGAGGUUGGCUUUCCCCACCCUCUUGGCGCUGCAUAUGGAGACAAAUAGGCAAUUGAAUCAGUGGGAACAGGAGGCUGCUAUGCGAUCAUCCAAUGGUGACCCCUCCGCCUUUUUGAUGGGUUCAUUGUUUGGUGGAUCCAGUUCCGAUCCUGAAGUAUGGUUUUGA